CAAAUAUUCUGUUGCUAUCAUAAACAUAUCCAAUACAUUUUUAUUGACAAGAACUGCGCUGUUGAGAUGUUGAAAUUCCUCUCUUCUCUCUUUCACUUGUCCUGGACGAGCUACUGCAACUCAGGAAAUGGUCGGCGGUAGUGCGCAGGGCAAUGAUACAAGCCCGACGUAUCCUUGCCAGGCUCCGGAAUCAAAUAUUUCUGGUGGUAAUCUUCUGCAUCAUACCACUGUGUCGCUCGUCUGAUCUCCGUGGUGAUGGUUUUCCCCUUAUACCAUUGUUCGCCAACUUUCUUCUUGAUCUCCUCGGCAAUCUUGAGCUGCUCGUCGUUCUCGGCGAAAAUCGCAGAGCGGUACUGCGUGCCGGUGUCUGCACCCUGUCGAUUGAGAGUAGUCGGAUCAUGCAUCCUGAAGAAGAACUCGCAGAGUUGUUUGUACGAGAGGCGUUCCGGGUCGAAAACGAUCAGCAGCGACUCAGCAUGGCCAGUUCGUCCAGAGCAGACGUCGGCGUAUGAUGGAGCCUUGGUCUGGCCACCGAUGUAUCCAACUCUGCAGUCCAAAAGACCCUUGCCGUCGCCGAAGGUCUUGCGAUAUAACUCCUCCAGACCCCAAAAACACCCGCCGGCGAAGAUGGCUCUUUGUGAGUUGGGAGGGAAUUGCAUGGCCGCUAGGGCGUCUGGCUGGAGGGACAUUGAGGCCGCAGAGCUCAAGGGGCGAAGAAAGCGUGAGAGGAACGACGGCAUUUGGAAAGCCAUGGUCAGCAAGAGGACGAGUGCGAGGAUGGUGAGGGGAGAGACGUCGGUGAUGUUGAGCUGCAGUUUGGCGACUACUUUGGAGCACAAAUCUGAAGAGGGACUUGAGUGAAGAGCGAGAUGACGAUAUAUAUAUGAGUUCUCAAUGAAAGAGUGCCAGAUGUCAAAGGCGCAAAAAGCCUCUUCGCGUGGUUGUGGAAGUUUCAUGGGGAGAAGCAGCGGCGACGAUUCGAUAUCAAUCACGUCAUUGGAGGGGGACCCCCGAGGCAUCGGAAGAGGGAAGCCCGUGGUUGCUGACAGUUUCUUGGUGGCAGUGCUGGGUAGCUACGAGUACU